AUGACCAAGCCCGCGAGUCAUUUCCAGGCAGCUUCGAGUGCAAGACUGCAGUGCCCCCUGCUCUAUCCUGAGUCUACUGCGAUCCACAAGAUGCCUCGCGGUGUCAUGUCCCUAUCUUUGGGCAAAGAUGCGAGUCACCACAAUUGGGUCACAAAGGCCAAGGCUUGUCGUGGUGCCGGACACGAUGGUAUUGAGAUUCACUUUGAGGACCUCGAGAACACUGCAAGGACACUCUUCGCGCUCUCCUCUUCUGCGAAGCCAGUACCACAGCAGCUAUACACAUCAGCCUCUCACAUUCGAUCCAUCUGCGAUGAGCAAGGCCUAGCCAUCAUCUGUCUCGAGCCGUUCCUGCAUUACCCAGGCAUGUUGCCAGUAAGCAAGCGCGAUCAGCGUCUACACGACGAGCUCCCAGUCUGGUUCACCGUAUCCGACAUUCUCGGCACGGAUGUCAUUCAGAUCGCAAGCGCCAUGUUCGGAGGCGAAGGUGUUGCCACCGGUGACGAAGAGCGAGUAGUCGAGGACCUGCGCUUGAUUGCCGAUCUUGGACUAGCAUGGCGAGACUCGACUGGGCUGGGCCAGUCGAGACCAAAGUUCUGGGCCUACGAAGCCAUGUGCUUUGGUGCAUAUGUUACUACUUGGGAGCAAGCAUGGAGACAGGUUCAGCUAGUGGACAGGCCCAACUUUGGUCUCGUGGUAGACACCUUCCAGAUCCCCGGUGCCUGCUACGCUGACCCUUCUGCCGUCGACGGCAAGGCAGCCAAUGCAGAUGCUGAGAUGGAGGCCAGUCUGCAGCGUCUCACCUCGACCUUUGGCGGAGACUCUGCCCAAGCUCGUGCCAAUCGCCAGAAGGUCUUCUUUGUCCAGCUCGGAGACGGGGCAAAGAUGGACCCACCUCUCACUACCUCGCACCCCCUCUUCGACGCCAAGAUUCACUCCAAUGUCAAGAUGUCAUGGGCUCGCACCAACCGCAAAUUCCAGGGGGAAGGCUACUUGCCUUGCAACAAGGUAGCUCAGAUCUUCAUUGAAAAGUGCGGCUGGAGAGGUUGGCUCAGUGCCGAGUAUUUCAAUGAAGACCAGAUCAACGAAGAUGAUGCUUAUCCGGAAAAGGCGGCAGAGAGAUGCAUGAAGGGCCAUCAAUACUUCCUUGACUCUGUUGGCACACACAGAUCAUCUGCUUUGUAA